AUGUCUGCUGAGCAAGAUAAAACUGCUGCUGCCACCGCCCCUGCAGAAGCCCCUGCAGCUCCUGCCGUCGUUGAGCCUACCGCAGAGACAACCACAGAGACAACCGCAGAGGUCCGCGACGAGAAGCCUGCUCAAGCUGGUUCCUCUGCUCCCGAGACCUCUCUAGCUAAACUUGAUGGCCGUCUCAAUGACAUCUGCAGCAAAGCACAGCACAAGGAGAUGUGGGGAGUGCAACUUUCUAGCAUCAACCACAUCCCUACAAUGGUGGUUCUCCAAAAGUUCCUUAGAGCUAACAACGAUGACCCUGUUGCUGCUGAGAAGCAGCUCACUCAGGCUCUCCAGUGGCGCAAGAAGAUGAACCCUACCGCGUUGGUCACUCAGACCUUUGACAAGAGCAAGUUCAACGAUCUUGGCUUUGUCACUGCGCACAAUGGAGAGAACAACAAGGAGACCAUCAUCACGUGGAAUAUCUACGGUGCCGUCAAGGACAAAAAGGCCACCUUUGGCAAUGUUGAGGAAUUCAUCAAGUGGCGCGCCGCCAUCAUGGAGAUAAGUGUUCAGAAGCUCAAGCUGGACCAGGUCACUGAGCCCAUUCCUGAAGGAGGCGAGGACCCUUAUCAAAUGAUCCAGGUUCAUGACUACCUCAAUGUCAGCUUUUUCCGCGUGGAUCCUGCUGUCAAGGCUGCCAGCAAAGAGACAAUUUCCGUCUUCUCCAUGGCCUACCCAGAGCUACUUUCUCACAAGUACUUUGUCAAUGUUCCUGCCAUCAUGGGAUGGAUGUUUGGCGCCAUGAAGCUCUUCCUUGCCCCUGCUACUCUUCGCAAAUUCCACCCCAUGACUUCUGGCACCACACUGUCUACAGAGCUGAAGAGCAUUACCUCUUCUUUACCUAAGGAAUACGGUGGCCUUGGACCCAGUGUCAAGGAAGGUCAAACCGUUUUGUUGGCUGAGACCGGCGAGACUGACGCAACUUCUCCCAAAUCUGCUGCGAACGAGACCACUCCCAUUCCUGUUGCUGAUGACGCUAGCCCUGCUGUCGGAAAUGCUCCCGUCACUACCGAACCAGCUCCCUCUGCUCAGAGCGCCAUCAUUGCCGAGCCUGUAGCCACUCCUGAGCCAGCUACUACUGCGCCAGCUCCUAGUGAUGUGGAGGCAGUUCCUGCCCCAAUUCCCGCUCCUGUUGAGGCAGCCAAGGAGGAGACUGCUGAGAAGGCCGUUGAGCAAGCCGGCGAGAAGCCUAUUGAAGAGGCUCUCGAGAAACUGACUGUUGGCCCAGCUGAUGAGGUUGAGAAGAAAGAAGCGCCUGCUGCCACCGUCGAAGGGGAGAAGAAGGAGAACACCUCUUAA